AUGCCGGGGUUCGCAGACUCCUUUUGGUCGAAUGACUAUGCUGGGGGACUGGGAGUCUUGUUUGGCAAGCUCCAGCAAGGUGUCAUGGAGGACCGACAGAUCUUGACUCUCGCCAGACUACGAGCCGAAGCCGAGGACGUUUACGGCCAGCGCCUUGCAGACAUUGCCCCAGCGGCUGACCGGGUUUCCGGUGGCUUCUCCCGAGAUGACGGCGCUACUGUUCGCAAGGCUUACGACGGCAUGCGAACCGAAAUGCAGGAUGCUGCCAAGAGCCACCGACGCAUUGCGCAAAACAUUCGCGACCUCGUUGUUAAUCCCUUCGCUCGUUGGUGCGAUGCGCACGAAUCCCGCAUUCAGGAUUCACAAGACGAUUUGCAAGCGCGCACAAAAGCACACGACCGACAGGCCGAAACCGUCAAGAAACUACGCUCCAACUACUUCAACAAAUGCCGUCUAGUCGAAGACCUUGAGGAAGAGAACAAGCUUGCUUUCCAGGAGCCCGAGUCGAGCCCUAAAAACGGUGCCCAGAUCCCGGAAAUCAAGGUUCAGCCUCACAAGGAAGAAGAGAGCCGUGAUGACGAGGAGAUUUUUGAGAUUGGUGACGAAAUUUAUCAACCCGAUCAGCUCAAAAAAAUCAUCUCUCACAUGCUCUCCAAUAUCAAAAUGGGAGAGACCAAGGUGCCAAUUCUUGGCACAUAUCUCAAUACUUCAGCUGGCUCUGAUAUCGUUGAGUAUCUCCAACGCAGCAUGGCCACGAGCAGCGUGAGCUAUGCCGAGCGCAUUGGCCAAGAUCUGAUCUCUAACGGCCUGCUUCGUCUGAUUGGAAAUGUCGGCAGUACUUUUGCCAACAGCUCCAAAUUGUUUUAUCAGUGGCGUCCAAAGGCAUUCCGUUUGGCUGGCAUUCCUGAGAAGAAGCAGACGCUUAACCGCACAUUUUCUUUACCCAUCUCAGAGUCGAGCGACUCCCCCGUCGUCGGAACUGUCAGCGAGUACCUCGCUAACUGGAACGUUCUCAACAACUCCCACCCGAACGAGACACCCGCACAGCGACUGCAAAGGGAAGCGAGAGAAACUGAUGAGAAAUACAAGUCUGCAGUCAAAAAGCUCGAUCAGCUCAGAUGCGACCUGGAACAAUCCAUCUUUAUCCACCUCAAGUUUCUUGAGCAGUGCGAGCUGGACCGCCUCAAGGCUAUCAAGACUGUUAUUCUUGACUUUUCCGGUACCAUCAGCAACGUCAUCCCCAGCCUUCAAUCUACAGUCGACAAGAUGAUGCUUUUCCAAGAGACCGUUCAGCCUCUGGGCGAUCUACGAUACCUUUUGGAAACGUAUCGCACCGGCGGCUUUGUGCCACGAGUUGCAGUUUACGAAAACUACUACAACAAGGUUGACGACCAGAUAUUUGGUGUAGAUCUCGAGGCCCGCGCUCGUGCAGAUAAGAAACGCGUCCCCGUCAUUGUCACUGCGAUCCUGACCUACCUUGACCAUCACUAUCCUGAUCUUGAAGGCGACGAGGCUAGAAGAGGUGUCUGGCUUGUGGACGUUCCUCUGGCGCAAACGCAUCGUCUUCGGGCAAAGCUCAAUAACGAUGGCGUAGUCACCCAGGAAGUCUUCAGUGACUUUGACAUCCCCACAGUCGCCAGUCUUCUUAAGCUCUACCUUCUUGAACUCCCCGACUCACUUGUGUCUACUCAUGUCUAUGAAAUCGUCCGCACCAUUUACACGACGCCCGCUGCUGAAGGCACCGAGUCAUCGCGCAUUGCUGUUCUGCAACAAACCCUGUCACAACUCAGACUAUCCAACAUUGCAACUCUCGAUGCCUGCAUGAAUCAUUUUACCCGGCUGAUCGACUUGACGUCGGCUGAUGACGGAUAUGUGGCUGCUCUUGCUGCUACGCUCUCGCGCUGCAUUCUCCGCCCACGUGCCGAGACUUCGCUCACCAUGGAAGAGAAGCAUGCCAUCCGACUUGUCCGUGAUUUGUUCGCCCACAAGGAUGCCAUCUUUAGUGAACUGAAGCGCAUGUCGACACUAAGCCAUUCGUCCUCCGUCGGAGGUAAUCGGCCUCGCGCUAUCAGCACAGACGAGAGCAACCGCAAGGCCCUGAUGGAAGAGCGCAACAGAGCCCUGCUAGAAAAAGCCUCGGCUAGCCGCAGCCGCGCCACCAGCCCUGCUCCCGGGUCGAGCCGCGGGCAUCGCCGUGACCGCAGCAGCGGGGGUCCCGAGACCCGAUUCCCCAUCCAGACCAGCCCAACCUCCAACGACAGACACAGGAGCAGCCUGGGCAGCAGUCUCGCAAGCGCCGUGAACCGCCAGAGCCUCGAGGUUCCCGCGGAAGGAUCCCUGACGCCGCCCGAAACCCUCAACGGCGCCGCCCCCGCGGGCGAGGGCAACCGUGAGCGCACCGACAGCUUGACCAAGGGCACCCCGACGAGGUUCGUCGGCGGCCGCCGCGUGCCCAACUCUCCGCCGGCCGACGACGGUGCCCGUGGCGUGACGCUCGAAGACAAGCCCAUGGAUGACUAG